AUGGCCACUACCAACAACACUUGGCCACCUGCUCUCAAGUCAGUCCGAUCAUCACCCAUCACCAGCCAUGACGACCCACUGACGUUCCUUCUCACCCCCCGCGUUUGGGUUCAUUCCACCCUUCCUCUCGUCAUUCGCCGCUCUGGCCCCAUCUCCACACUCCCUGUAGAGCCUUUGUCAACGACACAUUCGCGAAAUGCACCGACAAUAACCGUCCCGCGGUCGAGCGGGAGCUCAAGGCGCUCAUCUUUGACGCCUUCAAGCGCAGCAAAGAGGAGCUCUGGAACAUUGACUGGUCAAAGGUCGAGCUGGAGAGGUGAGUCGACGGACAGGCCCAGCUCUUAUGACUCUGCUGACCCGGUCCUUCCUUCAUCACAGCCUCAAACCACCGUCCAAGAAGCGCAAGUGAGUCCGGCGCACAUGAGACCGCCCAUAUGCCCUCCCUCCCUCCCCACACGCACUAGACUGACCUCACCUCUACGUGUUCCCAGAAUCGCUCACAAAGCUUCUUCCAUCGUCCACUCGUCACCCGCAUCCUACGGCAUCACCCAUGGCCUCGAAAACCAUCGCCGAGAGGAACGAGCUCGGCGCUUCAACAAUGGUUCCCCGCUCGGCAACGGCGUCGCAUCCACUUCUUCCUCUUUUGCAGCGAACCCACCCGGGCGAUUGGCCCAGGCAGGCGUCAACCCUUUGUUUCACAGCUCGACGCCCGAGCCGGAUAGCGUGUAUGACCCGGUGCGUUUCUCUCGUGGGGCAGAGGUGUCCGAGCAUGGACUCAUCUUCGGCUCGUCCCUCAGAACGUCAUCGAUUGGGAUCAUCAUACCAUCGUCGGUACCAGCACCGUACUCGAGAAGCGCUUCCUGCGCCUGACCUCCGUAAGACCAUGACGUACCCAAGAGUCAAGAUCUGCUGUUGACGCCGUUCCUUAUGUCUCUUGCAGGUCCCUGAUCCUUCGACAAUACGACCUCUGCCGGUAUUGAAAAAAAGCUUUGAGGUGCUCAAACGAAAGUGGAAGGAUGGCGAGGUGACCUACCCGUGGAUUUGCGACCAGUUCAAGAGUAUGCGACAGGACUUGACCGUGAGUGUGGUCGGUCCGGCCAGCCUUUCAGGCCACUUGAGUUGAUUUUGCUUAUCCCGCCGAUCACACUGCGCAGGUGCAACGAAUAAAGAACGAGUUCGUCGUCCAAGUUUACGAGAUCCACGGUCGACUAGCACUGGAGAAUGUGGGUCCACAACACGUCUUCCAUUAACUCUGUCGAAGCGAGACUGAGACCGUGUUGAGGGUCCAUAGGGCGAUUUGGGCGAGUUCAAUCAAUGCCAAGGCCAGCUGCGCGAUCUGUUCAAGUUGGGGAUACCCGGCCACCGAGAAGAGUUCCUCGCUUACCGCAUCCUGUACCUGCUCUAUUCCCGGAAUCGAGCCGGUGAGUCUCAGCUCGUGCAAUGCCGUUCAUGGGAAACUGAGCUAAUCGCUAACCCCUUCCGCAGAACUCAACGCCACACUAGGUAGCCUGACACCUGAAGACACCAAGCAUAAAGCGGUUGCGCACGCACUCGCGGUCCGGCUCGCUUCGUCGCAAGGCAACUAUGCCAAAUUUUUCCGGUUGUUCAAGUCCGCGCCGGGGAUGAACGGCUACCUGAUGGAUCCGAUGGUCGAUCGAGAACGGGUCUCUGGCUUGGUUCUGUUGACGAAAAGGUGGGCAGGCGGCUCGAGGACACCCACCAAUCAGGAGGGGACUGACUUUGUUCCCCCUUUUUCUCACCCACCAGCUACCUGGAUAUUGAGCUCACUUUUUUAGCAUCGCAGUUCGCUUUCCAGAAAUCGGUUAAAGGCCCCAACAACACCUACAUCGAAGUCGACGACCUCGACGAUCUCAUCGCCUUCUUGACCAAACACAACGCCAGUCAAUUUAAACCUUUCACACCGGGGACGCCGGAUGCGAACAAACGAUUGGAUUGUAAGACCGUGCAAGGGAGUUUGCAACUCGCUUUGGCCAAGUUCACCAAGGUCGAUAUCAAAGGGCAGGUGUAGGACCUGCUCGUUUUUGAUCACGCAUCUCUCGUCUGGCGUCGAUGCGCCCUUUUCCCAUCCUCUUCCUCUUCUCUUGCCCCUCCUUGUCACGUUCUGGCGACUGAUCGGUCAGUUCUGCCUCCAACGGAUACGGAUCACGAAUAGCCUUCCCGACCCCCUAUAUUCGUCUUUCUAUGCUUCAUUUGUUUUUGGUUGGACUCCCCUCGUCCCCUUGCCGCUCGCCGCCUCGCCGUGGCCGCGUGAUCCCGCAUCAUCUAGCAUUUUUUUUAAUUUAUCUUCAGAGUAGUACUUGUUACCUCUCGUAUUUGUCUUUUCUGUGUUUCUGGACCACUGCAACGCGCAAACUCAGAACUUUACGUUUCGACGUUCUCUGAGCGGUGUGACGUAGACGAUGUGUGACGUCGACGGUUUCAAACGCUGCUGGGCGCGGCGCGGCGCGUUCGUAUCUCGGUGGAGCACCGUUCGAGUUGGAUCUGCCCCUGACCUGCAUUGCUUCAUUAACGGAGCAGGGGCUACGCCGGAUCGUCUCACCAGCGGUCGUACCAGACGACCCAUCAUACCACGAUAGAAUGAGCGAACCCUCCCCAUCGGCGUCGUCAUCUACGGUUGUAAGAGGAGGAGGAGGAGGAGGACCUAUCGGAACUUCGUCCGGAUCUGCCACUCCCCCGCCCCCCACAAACAGUCGAACGACGAGUCCGAGUCCCAAUCCCAAUACAGGAUCGCUCGGUCGUUCCUCGGCCCGUCGAACGCUGCGCCAAUCAUCGAACGAGAUCCUCUCCGCUCAUCCGUUAUUGGCUUCCCCACCACCUCACCAAACCGAGCUCAAUCUCGGCGCUUCAACUGGACCCGGAAACGGGACUGGUCCACUAGGAGCUGUCGCGGGGGGUGGUGUAGGGGGGACUUAUCCUGUUUAUUCAAGAUCGACAACGACCGGUUCCGGUAUGCCUACUAGGACGAGUUCGUUGCAUCAGGACGAUGGCUCGUCGACGAUGGGCGAUACGUUACCUUCGAGUCCGUUGACGACCGCUGCUCCGCCGUUGGUUUCUCGUCCUUCGAAUUCGACCUUACCUUAUGCAAGACCGUCGGCCAGGAUCCAGGAUUCUUCUUCGUCUUCAAUGACGCCGACCACUCGAGCUUACGCCCGUUCGAUCAGUGAGGCGCAGGAGAAGUUGCAAGGCCAACAACUCAAAGCUGAGGUCCAGGCGUUGGGAUUGGGUAACGAUUCGGUCGGCGCGAUGAUGGUGAAUAGGUUGGUGGGCGCGUUCGCAAAAGGGAAGAAGGCGGACUGGAGUGGUGUGUUGGGAGCUUUGACGGGGAACGAAAGGGUGGGUGUUUAAAUCAAAUGGAAGAACGGGGCUGAUUUUUUGGUGUGUUCGCGGGUAACUGAUCGACUUCUCAAUGUGUCUCAGGCCGUCCUCCUCUUGCCGGCGGAAAAGAUUCCGAGUAAUACGACGCUCAGUUCGAGCUUCUUCAUCGACCAUCUUGCGCUCGUCAAGGAGUUACCCUCGACGUCGACGUCGACCAAGGCGCCGAGGAAAGCUUUUGUCACGUUGGGGGGGAUGAGGGGGUUCAUUGAUCAGUGAGUUUUGGAUAGACAUAGGGAUGUGCUAUGGGUUCAAGGCUGAUUUUAUGGGGCUUUGGUGUGAAGGAACGAGAUUGUGUUUGCGAGUCAUUGUCCACUUGACUCGACGCGGGAUUUGAACGAGCCCAAGGUGCUGAGGUCAGUUGGAGAUCCUCUCGUUUCGCCACCGAAAGAUUCUCAGCUGACCGGCAGCUCUACGCUCACCUCUAGCUCGAUUCUGCAUAGCCUUCAUCAAGACGUGACGAGUGCUUCGUACCCUUCCAUCUUUCUCAUCUCGACGAUCUCGAAACUCGCAAUCCCCCGACCUUCUUCCUCGAGAGGUGCAACGGUGGGCACAACGGGCGGUCGCUCCGUGCCUACCGGAUCGUCAACGAGCAGUCGACUCGCCGCUCUCUUCGCUAAACCGACGAAUGAUGAUCUCCCUCCUGUCGUUCCUGCACCACCUGGUUUGUUAUCCAGUACGACGACAUUGACAUCGGAGCAAUCCACACGGACAACCCCGACAUCGACGACGACGAGUCGACAUCAUCUAGACGUGUCGGUUUUGACGAUCGGCAAGGCCAUUCGCACCAAGGAGAUGCAAAAGGAUGUGCUCCGAGGUACGCUCGAUGGGAUCCGAAAGGGUCUCAAGUCGAUCGAAGGGUGUAACGAGAACGCCAUCAUCGAACGGGUCGUUGCGUUCGUCCAGAAGAUCAUUCCCAACCCUUCUACCACACCCGGCAUUAAUUCGACGUCGACCACCCCGUCGAUCGAGGAGAUUGCCGAGCUCUAUCAAGACCUCAGUGACGCGACGAGGGUCGAUCUAGGGCGAUCGAUCCGGACGAUGAUGAUAGCUUCGAAAGGGGGUGAUCAAAGCUUGUUCGGCGCUUCGGAUUUCGCGACCCUCGAAACGCGCGUCGACGAGGCCUUGGAACGUGUCGAACAACUUCUCACGAAUGUCUUGUACGAUCGAUUGUAUUCCCCUUCUCAAGCAUCGGACGCACAAGAGGACGACAAGUUGAGUUCGAGGAUUAGAGGUUUGCGAGCCAUGGACCUCUCACUGGAUCAUCUAGGCGUCGAUCUUGAUGCCCCUCAAGCGAACGAGGAAUGGGCCAAAGAACCUCGAACGAUGCGCAAGUCGUUGGAGGACGUCAUCAGUUUGGUCGGGAAGGAAUUGGAUCGAUUAUCAACUGAUGAAGAAGGGCUUCGAUCACCGAAAGCGAAACUGGGCAUAUUCGUGGGCGUUCAUCAAUUGAUCGUGGAUCAAUUGAGCGAGUUGCCGCCUGUGCCGUUGAAGAAGGACCUUUCGGUGAAUGCGGCUUCGGGACGGGGUGGGGAGGUCGAGAUGGAUGACGCGACGUCACUGAUGACGACGGGGAGUGAUUCGAGGUCGCUCUCACCUACUCGGGAGGUCGAGGAAGAUGAAGACUCGUUACUCAAAACGCCGACGGCGGCGACGCACAAGGCUGCAGAGAGGGACGGGCUUUCGCCUCCGGCGGUGCCAGAAAUGUCCCUUGCCGGGUCCGAGUUGGAACCAUCGGUAGAGGAGGCGCUUUCGUCGUCGGUCUUUGAUCUGAAGCCACCGAGGGAAACGACACCAACACCUGGAAGUGCGGCAUCGUCCAAACCUACCUCAAUCGUAGAAGAGAGGACGUCCACCGCCGCCUCUUCGUCCAAAGCGAGCUCAAUUCGAAGUCGAAAAGCCCCCGCCUCCUCAAGUGCGGAUCUGAUCCUCCCUCUCCUCAUCUACGCGACCCUCCAACACGAUCCCCCACUCCCAUCGCAUCUCAAAUACGCACAAAGGUUCCGCGCCGAGUCGUUGAUGCGCGGCGAAGCGAGUUACUGCGCGACCAACAUCCAAGCCGUCAUUGAAUUCCUCACGACCGUCGAGUUGUCCUCCCUAGGGAUGAUUGAACCCUCAGCUUCAACCAACAAGACCCCUCUCGAAUCCGGUUCCACGACGACCACAGGGGCAAAUUCCUUCCUCUCCUCCCUCAGUACCCGAACAUCCCGCGCGUCCUCGAUCUCCUCCCUUCGUAAAACCACUACCCAAACUCUCUCUCAACAAGUCACUUCUCGCGAACUCGACCAAUUCGUCGAUCAAGCCAAUCGAUCACUCGUCAACGUCGUAGGGAUGUUGUUCGGUCCGGGUGGGUUCGCACCCAAGACGAUUGAGGAUGUCAAGAGUGUAUUGGAUGGGGCGGGCAAUGCGGUCGCGAAGAAAGCUACGGGGGGUUAUUUGAGGAGGACGGGGAAGGGGAAUAAAACGGGGACGAAUCAGGUGGAGGAGAGUGAGACGUUGGGGGUUGGCUCAGAGGGGAUCAAGGAAGGGAAGGGAAGUGGGAAGGAGAGGGAGAUGGUCGAUUUCGUUCCGGGGGCAACGGACGAUUUGGAACAUCCAGUCGAGGACUACGUCGAACCUGAUCACAUGCAAGAGGUCGAAGCUGAACCGACGACGACGACGACGACGGGUACUAUUGCAAGUGAUCAACGUUCAAUCAGGAGUAUUUCUUCCAUUCUCCGAAGGGACGCAACGGACGAACGACCCUCGUUAGGCGAACGGAUCGCCAGUUUCCCAGGUUUGAGUCGAUUCGGAUCCUCCGGUGGGAACGGUGUUACAGGAGUGGAGAAACAAGCGACGAAUUCAUCAACGACGACUUUGGCGAGUUCAGGAGUCAAACCUUCUACAGGGGGUUUCUUCUCCUCCACUUUCGCGUCGACCAGUCCCUCGAGAUCCCGCAGAUCGACCCUCUCCAGCCUUAAUAACGUCGAAGGGAUCACCCCGAUGACAGCAGCAGCAGCCGCUGCCACAAUGGGUGUCCGUCCCGCUGCUCGGUUCUUGGGGAUCCAAGUGGAGGAGCUUAGGGUUGGUCAAGUGGGUGAAUUGUUGGAGGAGUAUCAGAGGUUGGCUAAAGCUUUUGUGGCGCUGCAAGAGGCUUCGAUGGGUGGGCGCCUGGAAGGGGGCAUGGGAGAGGUCGAAGAAGGGAUCUGA